AUGCUCGAGCAUGUUGAGCAGCUAGUCCCUGUGACGGCGCUCGCCUUCUGCAGCGACGAUGUGAUCAUUUCUGGCGAAGGGCAAUAUGUACGAGCUUAUGAUGCUCGUACCAGAGAACUCCUCGCCAGCAUCACAGUAUUCGACAACACAGCCGUGCAUGGCUUGAUCGUCGACGAACACCAGGGCUCUACCAUAGUCGCCUGGGGCGGCAGUCUGAUCCGGGAAAUCAGCCUUAUUCAGGAUGAGGGUGCCUCCCAUGCUUUCAAGGCCUUUGCCUUGCGCACCACAACCGACUGGAUCUUAGAUGGCGCGCUCUCAUCUUCGAGCGAUGAGACUAGCGUCCGUACUCUGGCAAUGGUGACGGCCCACAAUGCUUUGGUUGUGGUCUCACUCGAGGACUUGAGCCACCUCGAAGAUGCCAAAGGCCCUUCUAAGAUUCUGCCAAUAGUGCCUGGGUCAAAUUGCAUUCUUUACACCGCACACAUCCAUUGGCUAAGUUCAUCUCAAUGUCUUGUCGCGUCCGGCACUGCUUUCGGGGAUGUCAUAGUAUGGUCUACUGUCCUAUCUGACAAGCACGAUGGCACUUUCGCUGCUACAACCCAGAUACACUACACAUUCUCUGCGCAUGAAGGCUCGGUUUUCGGUGUGCAACUCUCAUCUACAAUCGCACCCCAGUCAAACCCAGAGGUCAGGGGACUUCUGGCGACAUGCAGCGACGAUCGGACAGUUCGCAUUUGGGACAUAUCAGACUUGGCAGCAGAGGAUCCAACACUGCUUGGGCCACAGCGGGAGACAGGCUUUGGUUCGAAAGCUACGAUGGAGGAGCAUGCUCCUCGGUGUCUAGCAAAGGCUAUGGGUCAUAUAUCACGGAUAUGGCAUGUUCGUUUUACCGGCUUCGAUCCUGCUGAUCGAUUGCAGAUCACCUCGUUCGGCGAAGACGCAUCGACCAUUACGUGGAUCUUGAAAUCAUCAGGGAGCGCUGUCUACGAUCUCGAGCAGACUAAUGUGCAGAGGGCACACGCUGGCAAACAUAUCUGGUCCGUGGCCACAGCAGAAGAUGGACGAAUCGCGACCGGAGGUGCCGAUGGCGCCAUCGCCAUUUAUAAUUCGGCUGCGAUAAUGGCCCCACCUACAGAGCUCAGUGAACCACUGCUGGGCUCCUGGAAAUCUGCAGACAAGUUCAAGGCUUACGGCUUCAUCAGCGAGAGCACGAUUGCCUGUACGACCGAGCAAGGCAAAGUCGUGGCCAUCGAUCUUCAACACGAUGAUUCCUCGCGGAUCAAUGAACUGUCCAGCUGCAUGCCAAACCUUCGCGGCUACUCUCUCGUCACGACUCUGCCGGGCUACGCAUGGCUUGCCGGUGCGUCUGGUGGGAUCUACAUGUACGCGCACGAGCAUGAAAGGCUUUUCCAGGUCUGCACGAGCACUCAGAAGACUGCCGGCUUGUUCGUAGACUACCUCGAUUUCAGCAAAGCUCGCAAUGAGUUCGGUUUGCUUGUGACGAGUGUUGGAAGUACGACUACUAGAUUGUUGAAGCUGGUGCCGCAUAUGCAGUCAAGCAUCAACCUGGUGCCGACUGCGCAGCUGGAGAGGAGUCUCAAGCUGGACCCAGGCUUCGUAGUCACCAGCUAUACUCUGACUCGUCUUGGUGGCAGGAAUUCCGCCGUGCUCGGUUCACGCGAUGGCAGGAUUGCGAUUUAUGGCAUUGACACGGCGUCCGAAAUGGCUGGCACGGCGCAGACUAGCCUCUUGGUGUUACUUGACGUCCACGCGAAAGAAGCGGUGACCUCGCUGCUGUGGGACUCCGCAGGCUUAACAAGAGAUCUUACCGGCUUUCUACACUCGACGGGUCGGGAUGGGAAACAUGCCAUUCAUCGCAUCACCCUUGCGGAAGACACGCUUCAGACGGACUUGGUCCACCAACUCAGCCUGCCAUUCGGACCAAACAUCGAGCAUAUAAGCUUGCGGAAAGACAAAACAUUCAUGAUCUGGGGCUUCCGAAGCAAGCACUUCGUCGCAUACGACGUCCACGCUCAACGCGAAGUCAUGGUCGUGGAGUGUGGCGGUGCCCAUCGUAAUUUCGCCUUCCAGCCUAGCGAAGGAGGUGGUAUCUUUGUGUGGACCAAAGCAUCGAACUUGUAUCGACAAUCUCAGAACCAAGCGCUAUUCGGUCUGCUCAGAUCUGGUGGACAUGGGCGGGAGAUCAAAUCUGUCGCCAUCUCGUCCACACCGAGUCAGAUCAUUGCUACUGGAGCCGAAGAUACGAAUAUCAAGCUGUGGCAGUACAAUGAUUAUACGGGGUUAAGAUGCUCGCAGACGCUACGAAAGCAUAAUACCGGCAUACAACAUCUACAGUGGGCUUGUGGUGACCACUAUCUCUUCUCCAGCGGCGGGUUCGAAGAAUUCUUCGUCUGGAGGAUUACGGCAGAUGUAGCGGGUAUUGGUAUUGGAGUCGUCUGCGAGAGCUCGCAUCCCAGAAGCGGGACUUCUGAUCUGCGGAUCAUGAGCUUUGAUGUCCAGCACGCUACUGUAGUCGAGGGAAGAGAGCCGGAGACAUUUGCGAUCAGCAUGGUAUAUUCCGACUCGACGCUACAGCUCUGGCGGUACAUGACCACCGACCGUUCGUGGAAGCUUUGCGCGUCGGGAGACUACCUGACCGCCUGUCUUACGCAAGCCACCUCGCUUGGCAAAACGAGCAAUCCAUUCCUUACCGCGAGUAUGGACGGUCACAUCACAUUGUGGAGCCAAGCAGAGCAUGACGGCGACACGGUAGCCUGGACCCAACGCCACAGAGUCCACCAGAACGCCAUCCUGAGCUUGAUGAAGACGCCCACGUUAGCCGAUGGCUCCGUUCUGGUGCUCACGGGCGGAGACGAUAAUGCCCUCGGCAUCAGUCGCGUGACGCCUUCUGGUCGGGUCCGAACAUUGCUCGUGCCAAGAGCACACGCGGCCGCGGUUACGGGGCUCGGGUUCGUGGGUACGGAUGCCGAGGGUGUGAGUGGGAGUGGGAAGUGGAGGGUUGUGUCGGCUAGUGUUGAUCAGAGAGUCAAGGUAUGGGAUGUCGACGUUGACUGGCAAAGGGAGGGUGUGGAGGGUGUGGAUGUGAGGUUGGUGGGGGAUGUGCAUACGGCUGUUGCUGAUGUGUCGGGGUUGGAGACGAUGGGGUUACGAGAUGGUGGGCUUGGCGUGUUGGUUGUGGGGGUUGGGAUGGAUGUUUUACGAGUUGGUUGA